CUGUUAGAGCCAGGCAAUGCAUCUUCAGUGGUACCAGUUGUAGUUUGCUGUCCCCAGGGACAGCAUUGCCCAGUAAUAUAUAGUAGUAAAUAAUCCCUAUGUUUAUACAGCGGAAGACGUAUUAAAGAGCUCAAGUUACAGAGCUGACUCCGGACCCUAAGUUGCUGCGCACUAGAUUUUGUGGUAACAAGUAAACUGACAAGAGUCUUAUACCAAAAAGAGAUGUCCCUCCUGGAAUCACACAAAGACACACGCGCUAAUACAACCUGGGACAACGGAUUUGAAGGAGCCACAUGUUUAGAGUUUUGAACCACAGAGAGAACAAUGGCCAAUUUUAAAGGACAUGCAUUACCAGGAAGCUUCUUCCUCAUAUUUGGUCUUUGGUGGUCUGUGAAAUACCCCCUUAAGUACGCCUGUAGGAAAAACAAGAAGAUCUGUUCUUUUGGAUCAAAAGUUGGAUUCCAGCGUGUGGAGAUCAUUGAAGGAGCAGUGAAGGCAGCUUUUGCUUUUAUAGGAAUGUUAGCGGAACAGUUCGUUCCAGAUGGGCCGCAUCUUAAGCUGUACAAUCAUGAGGAGAAGCAGUGGGACCAUCUAAUGAACUGGCAACACUCCACCAUGUACUUCUUCUAUGGCAUCUCUGGUGUGGUCGAUAUCAUUACUCACACCACAAAAGCGGUUCCUGUAGCAAUGGAUAGGAUGAUGCUCUCAAUUGCCGUCUUUGUAGAAGGAUUCCUGUUUUACUACCAUGUCCAUGGCAGACAGGAGCUGGACCUCCACAUUCAUCUGCUGCUCUUAUUUGCUGUGUUUGGGGGUGCUCUGUGCAUCUUCCUGGAGGUCUUCUUCCGUGGAAAUAUCAUUCUGGAGCUCUUCAGGUCAAGCCUGUGUAUAUUACAGGGCAGCUGGUUCUGGCAGAUUGGAUUUGUGCUCUUUCCCCCUGGCGGUGGGCCUGAGUGGAGUCAGACUGACCACAGUAACAUAAUGUUCAUUACAAUGUGCUAUUGCUGGCACUAUGCGUUUGCAAUGCUGAUUGUUGGUGUAAAUUAUGGAAUAACAACUUGGGUGGUUAAUUCAAAACUGAAGUGUGCUGAGCCAAUGGAGAUGGAAUUACUAAAAUCACGGCAAAGAGACCAAGACUCUGAGGAUGAUAUAUAGUAAAACCUUCUCUUCACCUUCUAGCAUUGCUAUGACCAUAUCUUUUGUACUGUACUCCAGGUUUACAUGUAAGAAAUGAAGUGUGUAAAUUUACCAUAUCUGUAAUCACCCAGUUGCGGUAAAAAAUUCUGUGGCCUUAUGACCACCCAGUGUGUAUACUGUCAUCCAUGUGGCUUGUUCUUAGUAAUUCGGGACCAGGAAUAAUAUAUUUUGAUGGCAAAUCGUGCUGAUUGGCCGGAUUAUAUAUUUGUCUUAUACGCCAUUACUCUGGGCAGUCACAACCAUUUAACUCUCCAUGAUCACAAGGUAUUCCUAGUCUAUGUUGGAGGAGAUGUGUAAUCUUUGUCAGUAUCUGAACGUCGGCCAGGCCAGGCCGCGUACAGCAUUCCAAAAGGUUUUACUGACAUGAGUAUAAAUCUUUAUGUUGUCUAGUUUGUUUUUUAAUGAUACAUUUUUAAUUAAGUUUUAGCUACAGCUAGUAGUAGUUCUUAAAUUCUGGCUAGUGCUGCACUAGACUUAUUACAAGAGAUAGGUGUAUUCAUUUCAACUUGUCUGAUGGGAUAUUAGGGAAACUGAUCUUCUCUUACUUGAACUGGGAAUGAGAUGUCGUAUAUAAGAGUGCACAGCUUCAGAAAUAAGCAAAACCAAUAACGGGUACAUUUAUUUAUUUUUGUAACUAUAAUGAUAUUGUGGCAAAAUUAAGAAGUCACAAAAAAAAAAAAAAAAAAACUUUUCCAGACAAGUGAUUUCUAAAUUAGAUUCUCUCCUGGAAUAAAUCUCAAAUUGCACAGAUUUUGAAAUAAAGAUAGAUGCAGAGAACUGCACCCUUGCUGUGUAUAUAAAACUGCUUUGUGCAAACUGAAAA